AUGACAUCCGCGGCUACAACAGGCGGCACUGCUUUAGAAGACUUUUCAUCUCCCUGCCCUCCCCUCCCGUCUGCCCUCCAUUCGGGCCAAACGCAGUCCGGAUUUCCUUCGUCGUCCAACGAUGCUGGAAUCAGCGGCUGCGUCCAGGCCAGCGCAGGUUCCCAAACAGCAUCUACCAUAGCAACUGGGACGACAAUGUCAGGCGCGACUACCACAACAUCCGCAACAUCCGGAGAGUCUAGUGGAUACUUAUCUUGUCCGGUCGACAUCAUCCCCAGUUGGCCGUCCGAUCUGCUCACUGAAUGGUGGCUGGCACCACAAGUCUAUGGCGCUGGCUGCAGUGACUGUAUCGUCGAGGGUGACAUCCUCCGUCUGGGCGGUCCAUUUAAUCAGACUUGGCAGAAGAAGUAUAUGCGUCUUUUUCCCAAUCGUUUGGAGCUCUACAACCGCACGAGAGAAGGCAUUCCUCUAAAGGGUGUUGAGGUAGGCUCGGAUCUACAUCUUUUGUCGGUACAUCUUUCCUUUCGUUUAAUACGGGAAAAUUCGUGA